AUGCAGAAGAGGAAGAAGAAAAAUCACCCACCAAACAUCGCUUCCCAGUUCAGGGGGACAAGUUCUCGCAUCUCUCCCCUCUCAAAACAGCGAUCAAUACGUUCAGGGGAGUUUGGGUCUCCCCAGUCCCGAGUGUUCAAUGUCAAGUUGUACGUGGUCGAGGCUCAGGAGCUCUACACGGUGAACGAAUGUUACCGCGAAUUAACCAUAAAGAAUCUGAAGAGCCGUCUGGAGCUUUUGGUUGGGAUCCCUGUGAACUUCCAACGGCUCCAGUAUCUGGAUGAAGUGGAUCUCGCUGAUGACUCUACGUUUAGGAAGAACGACAUUAUUCCUGGAGGAACUCUCUCCAUGCGGAUCUGGCCAGAAGAUGCUUGGGGGCUUUUGGUGACUGCAGCUGCAAAAGGAAAAAUCAAAUCGCUGAAAAGAAUAGGAGCUACAAAGACCUCCUAUUUCAGAACUGCAAAUGCAAACCUAAUGGGACCAGAACAGAGGAAUGACUGGUUAGCACAUCGCAUGUUUGUGGCCUUAUUUAUUGCCACGCGCAGGGGCCACUUGGAAGCUGUGGAAUUUCUGCUUCAAAAUGGGGCUGAUUUAAAAAGGAAAACGCCGCUAGGUAGAACAGCCCUCCAUGUUGCCGUCACGUCAGGCAAGGGUGAAUGUAUAGAUAUGCUUCUUACCUACGGGGCCAAGAUCAAUGAUGGGGACUAUGAGGGGCAUAACGCUGUGGUCUUAGCCCGCCUGUGGGGGCAGAAGGAAAGUGAGCGGCAUCUCUCCCGGCACCAGUGGAUGAUGCGAUCGGGUAAAAGAAACGCCUGCCGCACGGUCAAGAACGUGGAAACUUGA